GUACCACCAUAAUUUAUCGACAACUUUUCAAACAAUCCGUCUGUAACUGGAUCUUUAAAAUAUAAUUAUUGUUCGAAAAUUUGUCCGUCCAUCUUAUUAGCUAAAUUGCAUUCUGGAACCCACAAACCCGAUUGAAUUGUAUAAACAUUACAGCGGGACAAGGAAAUCAUGGGUAGUUUCAGGGCCCAUUUCGCUUAGGUCAACAUCAUUUCACUCAGAAAUAUAAAGCUAUCCAAAUGAAAAAGAAAACAGAGUACCUACUUUCAUAGAACUUCUACCGGCUCGAGAAUAUGCUCUACCAACUCCAAGAGCAAUGAGAUGCGUUAUAUCUUCGAUCGACUAUGCCGAGUCUAAUAAGCAAUUUGGAUGCAGUAAGGCGAAAUGAGGGCAAAUCCAUCACUGUUGUUAUUGGUAGAAUUGAUGUUAUUAGUGGGCAAUGGAGUGUCAAUCCCAUCAACUGCGGAUGGGCCAUUCAGCCCUGUAACAAGACGUUUCGAUCCAUCUCUACGCACAAGAAGCGAUGACCUUCCCCUGCACCAUCCCAGAUUGGUGAAAAAAGUUCCCUCCAUUUUUCCAGAACAAAUUGCUCUUGCACUUUCCACCCCUCAUUCCAUCUGGGUUUCUUGGAUUACAGGGGACGCUCAAAUAGGGCCCAAAGUUACCCCUCUGGAUCCUUCCAGUGUUGGAAGUGAGGUAUAUUACGGUACACAUAGUGGCAACCUCACAUGUUCAGCGGGGAGCUCGUCUGUCUACAGCCAGAUAUAUCCUUUUGAGGGCCUUCUCAAUUACACUUCUGGCAUCAUUCAUCAUGUUCGUCUUGAAGGGCUCUCUUCAAAUACAAAGUACUACUACAAAUGUGGGGACAGUUCUUUGUUGGCUAUGAGUGAAGAGCAUGCAUUUAUGACACCACCUUUGCCAAGCCCACAUAAUUAUCCUCAUCGGAUAGCAAUAAUUGGAGAUUUGGGUCUUACGGGCAAUUCUUCUACUACCAUUGAUCAUCUGAAUCAAAAUGACCCUUCAUUGAUCUUAAUGGUUGGUGACAUGAGUUAUGCAGACCAAUACAUCACCACUGGUACUAAAGGGGUAUCAUGUUUUUCAUGUGCAUUUCCAAAUGCACCUAUUAGAGAAACAUAUCAACCUCAUUGGGAUGGAUGGGGAAGGUUUAUGGAGCCACUGACCUCAAGGGUGCCCAUGAUGGUGAUAGAAGGAAAUCAUGAAAUAGAGCCUCAAGCAAAAGGAGCUAAUUUUACCUCUUACAAGGCCCGAUUUUCUGUACCGUCUCGGGAAUGUGGCUCAAUCAGUAGUUUCUAUUAUUCUUUCAACAUGGGCGGAAUACAUUUCAUCAUGCUAGGAGCAUACGUUGACUACAACAAGACUGGAAUGCAAUAUAAAUGGCUAAAGAAAGAUUUGGCAAAUGUAGAUCGACAAGUUACACCAUGGCUUGUUGCAUCAUGGCAUCCACCUUGGUAUAAUAGUUAUUCUUCACAUUACCAAGAGUUUGAGUGUAUGAGGCAAGAAAUGGAACACCUUUUGUAUGAGUUUGGUGUGGACAUAGUAUUCUCUGGACAUGUGCAUGCAUAUGAAAGGAUGAAUAGAGUCUACAACUAUACUUUGGAUCCAUGUGCUCCCUUGUAUAUCAUAGUAGGAGAUGGUGGGAACAUCGAGGGUAUUGACACAGACUUUGCAGAUGAUCGAGGCAAGUGCCCCAACCAAGAGGACAACAAACCUGAAUUUGGAGGUGUAUGCCACAUAAAUUUCACUUCGGGUCCUGCAGAAGGUAAAUUCUGUUGGGACAAACAACCAGAAUGGAGCGCAUAUAGAGAGAGUAGCUUUGGACAUGGCAUACUUGAGGUGUUUAAUUCUACACAUGCCUUGUGGACGUGGCAUAGAAAUCAGGAUGCAUACGAAAAUGAUGGUGCUGUUGGAGAUCAAAUAUUCAUUGUGAGACAGCCCGAAAUCUGCCAGCCUCAUCAGAAUUUGAAUAUCCAAAGAAGACGAGACAAAUAGCUCACCAAUAAUAUUUUAUAUUACAACCUUAUCAUCUACUUUGUGGCACAUUUCUUUGAAUAUGUUUCCUUUAUACCUCAAUAAUAUCAUUACCAUAACAAUAAACUGUAAACGCUAACCGUGAAUAUCAUGGUUCAUUGUAUAUUCUUAAUGCGGAUGAACAAAUCAAUUAUUCAUUCUUGUAAUUGAUUUCUGAAGUUACAAUGGGAAAGCGCAUUUUUGUUGCAUGGUUAGACAGAUUUUAGUAAUUUUCCCUCGACCAAAACAAUCUUAUGGGGAUCCAAUAAUACAAAGGAUUGUUGAAGAAGAAAUUGUUGAAAGAGGAGAUUAAGGAGGUUGAAGUUUGA